UACAAUCUUUGAGAAGGUAUUAAAACCACGAUGGAUUUUGCAACCUAAUGAAAUUCAGAAAUUCAAGAUUCGAUAUCUACCUGAAGAAGUGGGAAUUCACCGACAAACAUAUACACUAUCUGUCCUUGAUGGCAAUGAAAUUACUUAUGAUAUCAACAUUUCUGCCGUCGCAGAUGUCCCAAGAUUAGACAUGAACCCAAACACUAUUUUUUCAAAAAUCAAAAAAACAAAAGUAAACAAUAUAAUUGAUCCCACAUACUUUUCUGAUGUUAAUAUCUUCGACUUCGGAUCAUUAUUGGUGUAUGAAAAGGAUCAAAGAUCUCCAAUUAAAAUAUUCUGGCAAUUGGAGCCUAAUGAACCAUUAGAUCCUCAAAUCUCAAUUACACCGACUAAAGGAAUUAUCAAGACUUACAGUGAUAAAACAAUCGAAUUUUGUUAUCACGCCAACAAAAUCGGAAUGAUCGAAGAAAGCUUGACUUUUAAAGUUUUCUUUUACGAAGGCGACACGGAACCUAUCUUUAUAGAAACUAUUACUUUAUUCGGCGAAACAUAUGAUGUUGCUGUUGACAUUAAUUAUGCAAAUCCAAUUGAUUUAAAAUGCGUGAAGGUUGGUUUUCCUACGAGCGCAAAUUUUACACUAAGUAAUCGAGGAAAUCACGAAGUUAAAUAUGCUACAACACAAAAAUGUAUGUUAAAAAUUGGUCCCUUUACUGUGACAAAAACCGAAGGGGAUCUUCAGCCUGGAGAGAUCGAUAUUGUGGCAAUCGAGUGUUAUCCUGAAUUCGUAGGUUCUGAAGAAGAAGAUAUAAUAAUUUUCGUUCCUGAUAGUGUUCCCGAAGAUAGAAAUGGCAAAUUGAUAAAAUUAUCCGUUAAUUCUUGCAUACCAAGCGUCAAUCUUCAAGAUCUCGACGCUAUAUUCCAUGAAAAUCACAUUGUGAAUCACAUUGAAGACUUUAUUUGUUCAAAAGAAAUCGGUACAUAUACCAUAUUCGCACGUCAAGAGAAAUGCCUGUACUUCCGUUACGUCAGUGUGUUUCACACCCAUACGGCAUAUCUUGUGCUUUACAAUCGGAAUGUAAUACCUGCCGACGUGAAACUGACCUUACUCGCGGAUUCAUUUACACCGAAAACUAUGAGACCUGAUACUUUCGUUCUGAUACCCGAAAGAGAACGCAUUCAAUCAAUGAGUCACAAGAGAUUCGCGAUUUCAUUCAAUCCAACGUUUAUAGAGACGUGUUAUGCAAUCUUCGAUAUAGCAGUCGAACUUCCCCUGCAUUUGAAGGAUGAAAAAUUUUUCAUUAAAUUAGUAGGACAAGCUUGCGUGCCAGAAGUGACAAUCAUCGAACCACUAAGCACAAAACGAGAACGAACUGUUUUAAAUUUUGGUCGUACGCUUACGUGUCUCGAAUGUAUAGUCUGUGCAAUUCAGCUCGCCAAUUCCGUGAAAGAAUCAUCAUGGGACGAUCGAGAGACACAGGUGCGGUGGAUAACAAUAAAUUCCGAUGCCAAGGAGCCAAAUGCGGAAAUAGCUAAAAAAACAGUUGAGCCUGUUAACGAGCCGGAACAUGAAAUCGUUCCUGGUACGACGAAGUGCAUCCAAGUGUUACUUAACGCCAUCGUAGCAUUCUCCAAAUAUUCUUGCUCCGUUAAAGAGAUCAAUUUCAAGAACACGCUAAUGUUUCAGACUAGCGAACAUUCGUUCAUUUUUGCAAACACUGGUAUUGUCGACGUCGAAUAUACAUGGCAGAUAAACAUGGAUGAGCAGUAUCCGGUGAGAUCGAUCGCAAAUUAUUCACAAGCCACAUCAAGAUCACGAAAGGACAAUGUUCAAUUUAAAGCUACCUCAUUAAUGUCUUACAAACUACCUUAUCAACGACACAAUUCAAGCUUCGACAAGAGCGUAAAGUCGAAUCGUCGACAGCUUUUGUCGUCUCGAGACAAUUUUAUCGAGGUGAAACCAACUACUCGCUGUGGUCCAUCCGAUCUCUUCAGCAGCAGUGCCAGAUUAACAGAACGAAGUAGCGAUAGCUGGUUAGAGAGCGACGAUUUACCAUUUGAAAUUUAUCCCGAAAAAGGAAUUUUACCUCCGGGUGAAUCUGUGGAAUGCGUCUUGAGGUUCUCUCCCAUGGACAUAUUCGAUUACAAAGCGUAUCUUGUGUGCAAAAUGGAAAAUCUCGAACUACCAGAGUUGAUUAUUCCCAUCGUGGGAAAAAGUUUGUUGCCAUACUGCCACUUCGACAUACCGGAAAGCGACUAUCUGUCCAGCAAUAGACGCGACAUGAAACUGCCUGGACCCAUCGGUUAUCAACCGGAUGAUAAUUCUCUUCCGGAGGGCACGAGAGUGAUUGAGCUCGACGUGAUCGGAAUCAGCGGGUCUCACAUAAAAAAAUUCCGAAUGAUAAAUCCGACAUCAGAUGAUUAUCAUUUCAUCUGGGAGGAUCGUACUCGUCACGCCGAUGAUGAGAUUUCAAAAUUUCAUUGUGCACUUCCGGAAGGAAUCGCUGAGCGAGGAAAACAAGUCGACUUCGCGUUUACGUUCUUCGCGGAGAAUAUCGGCACUUUCGAAUCCUUUUGGUUGUUCCGUGUUAAAAAAUAUAAUUUGGAGUAUCUCUUUCUAUUCGUCGCGACGGUCAGAGAACCAUUGAUUUGCUGUCCUCGUGUCCAUUUAAAAAUGAGACCAACUGUAAUGGGCGUCAAUGUGCGAGAAUCGAUAAGCAUAAUCAAUAAAGAGGAAUUUCAGAUUCCCUUUCAGAUCACGCGGGACUCUUUAUAUUCUGAAGGACGUCUUCAAAAUUUGAAAAUAACGCCUAUAAGUGGCAUUUUGCCUGCAAAAGGCGAACAAAUACUUUGGGUCGAAUAUCAGCCUACACUUGUUGGCGAAUUCCAAUUUUGUGUAAAAUGCAUUAUAAAAGGAAUGAUGGCACCGUUGACUAUAUUUGUUACGACUGCAACAUAUGAUAUUAUUGUUUCGGUUACAUAUGUCGAUCAGAACGGCCAGAUAGUUCAAUUAAAUCCAGAUAAAGAGAAUAUUAUCGACUGUGGAAAAUUGUUGUUAAAAACGCCCGUUACUGUCGUGUUUGAAAUAAUAAACUCAAGCAAAAUGACGCUUUAUUAUUCUUGGGAUCUCGGAAUAACAUCAGAAAUAAUUAGCAGAAAUAUGUAUACAAUAGCAAUGCCUCAAAAGCAGGACCAUGUGCUUAGCAAGUCGCGUUCCAUCUGUUCUCUCAUUGUUACAGCGUUACAAAAAACAGUGAUAAAGAAUCAUCCCAUUCUCUUGAAGAUUUCCAGAGGGCCGACCUACCGACUAAUCUUAAAAGCGACGGCAAAUAAACCAAUUCUAGAGUUUAGUUUUAAUUAUUACGACUUUGGACCUUGCUACAUUCGAGAUGUUUCUGCGACUCCUUAUCACGUCGAUUUACGCAUUACGAAUUCAGAUGAUGUUUCGUAUAUACUGGAGUGCAAGUUUGAAGAGAAACCACACAUCUCUGUAAAUCUGAACGCUAUUUCAAAGACAAUAGUCGCUCGAUCAAGUAUUGUCAUUCCGAUAACAUUUCGACCUUUAGAACAGGUGCACUAUCGCGAUGAUUUACAUUUUAUAAUUAACUCGACAAUCAAAAAAAAGAUUACUAUAAUUGGCGAGGGAAUUAUAUAUAAGAUUCGUUUAGUAAAUCCACGCGAUAAAUCGGUGGAUCUUGGUAGCUUAUCGAUUAACAAAACAACAAGCAGGAAAGUGCCAGUGAUCAACGAUGGACGUGCUGCGCUCAAAUUAAAGUUCGAUCUCAUAAAGAAUCUACCUGGAUAUGAUCUAUUCCAAGAAAGAAUACCAAAUUGUCCGUUGAUAAAUCAGGAGAACUCCAAAAUGGAUCGCAUUCAAGCAUCGAUAUCUGAAACGAAACGUUCGAAUACUCUUGACGAAACUCUUCAGAUGGAACCUAAUCUGUCUCAAGUUCUGGAAAUCGAGCCGGCAGAAUCGAUCGUACUUCAGCCAGGGAAAAUCGUGAAUGUUGUCGUAAAGUACAAACCUAUUCGCAGAAUGCGUCCUUUUGUCGUUAAGGUGGCUUUUCAAACCAAUUCUACGAUCCAACCGUUAUUUAUCUUGCGCGGAAGCUGUAUAGGAGCAAAAUUCCAUUUGAACAAGACUUAUGUGCCUUUCGGUAUCGUUGUUCAAGGUUGUCUUAGCGAAGCAAAGAUAGUGCUAUUGAAUAUGGGAGAUAUUGGUGCCAGAUUCAAGUGGAACACAUUGAAAUUGCCCGAAGACUUUAACAUCGCUCCUGCAACUGGCUAUUGCUCUCCUGGUAUGAACGUCAACUUCGUUGUCAGUUUCCAACCUACUCGGCAUGAUAGUUUGAUCGAGGGCAAUGGUACGUUGCUUCUAAAACUGCCAGAUGAUAAAGCUCCUUUAGUGUACUGUCUUCGAGGGCUUAGUCUACCUCCACAAGUUCUCCAAAGGAUUACACGUCAAUUUCCGGCAAAGACAAAAUAUACUGAAUUGUUACCUGUUUACAAUUGGCUGAGUAGGCAACAACAAUUCGAAUGCCAAAUUGAGAAUAUGAACGGCAAAGAAUCUGCCGAGAAUGUUGAAAUGUUCACUUUUGUCGGCAGCAGAAAGAUAGACAUUCCAGCAAACGGCCAACGAGAUUAUCGCGCAGAGUUUUAUUCCUACAAAGAAUCAAAAUAUAAUUUUAUGGUAACGUUCACUAAUGAAGAGGGCGAAUAUCAAUUUUACGAACUCCAGUAUGAUAUUACAAGACCACAAGAGAUCGAAUCGAUCAAACUGAUCACUGUGGUACGAUCUCCGGUGUGCUAUGCUUUAAAACUUGAUAAUCCACUUAAGAAGCAGUACGUAAUAUAUACGGCAAAAUGUCAGCAUCCCUGCAUCACAAUUCACGACGUACCAAAGCUCGUAGCACCAUUAUGCAGCGAAAUUAUCAAAAUCAAGUACCACCCUUUACAUUCCGCCGAGGAAAUUACGGUAGCCUUGGACGUCAACUGCGAGGAACUCGGAUUGUUUCCCUACGAAUUGCGAUUGCGAGCGAUACCAGCAUCACCAGAGAAAACGACGCGCGUUGAUGCGAUGCUUGGUAGUUCCGUCACCUUUUCCCUGAACGUAAACAAUCACGCCGAGAACACUGCAAUAUUCACUAUUAAGGUGGAUAAUGAAUGCUUUACGACUUCGAAGGACAUCGAGGUGCUGGCGUUGAAAAAUAGAUCAUUCGACAUAACUUACGAACCCUGCGAUGUCAAAAAUGUCUCUGCUACUUUGACAGCCACAUCUGAGAUUGCCGGCGAAUUUGUAAAGAUAGUGACCAGAUUCCAUCCCAUCCACGGUGAGAACAUCCUCCUGUGCGAAGACAGCACGGUCGCGGUACGGACUACGAGCUUUGCCAACUCAGUGGCCUUCAGCGAGAAGCCGUUGCAGCCAGGAGAGAUCUUCCUCGUGGAGAUCGAGAAGACGGAGAGAGGAUGGAGCGGACACAUGCGACUGGGUCUCACUUUGAUCGAUCCAGCUUCGGUCAACAACAACCUGCCUCAAUAUGCAAUGCCCAAUCUGGUUAGAUUAGGCAACACAUGGAUCCUCGCUAUAACUAGGAAUCAAACUAUCUGGGACAAUUUUGACGGUGGUCUAUCUUCCACAUACACCUCUAUCACAGGACUACCACCAGGAAUACCAGCCAGAGAGAAGAAAUUGGUCACAGAUGGAGUCAACGUGCAAACGUCACGCGGUGUUAUUCCUUUUAAUGCUCUGAAACCAAAUAUAGAUGGUUCUUCUCAAUGCAUCCUGCCUACAGAUGCGGGCAGUCGUAUUGGUAUCAUGUAUGUGCCACAGGCCGGUUGUCCUGAUAAAGCAGAAAUGCAUUUCAUUAUCAAUGGUGAAGAUCAGGGCGUAUGUGGCAAGGAUAUUCCUUAUAAAGCGGGACCUUUGCGUGCAGUAGUGGAUGUCUACGGUACCACGAAACAAGUUCGAAUAGUUCAACUGUAUGGAGUAUCAACACUACAGAGUGCAUGCCGUGACGCUAUAUUGCAAUACACUAAGAGAAACGCAGUCAAUCUGCUCCCUUUGCCGAGACUACUGAAGGACUAUCUCUUAUAUCAAUCGCAGUGAAAAUCAGCUCAUUCCGCUUUUGCAUAUGUUAGGAAACAUUACCUGUCAAUUUCUAUAUCUUUUCCCAGUGAUAUGUUCAGUGUUUAUACAUUUACAUGCGUAACAUAUAUGUUCUAUUCAUUAUUGAAGACUGCCGAAUCAUGUCGAUUCAAAGCAUUGGUGCGAAUAUAUUCGUUUCGAUAAACAUAUCUUUUCGAAAUGUAUACGAUAGAAAUGAUUGUUUAAUAAUGGAGAAUUCUUUUUACUUGCGCAUUUUGAAGAUUUUUCUUGGGCAGAAAUGCUAAAUCAUAACGUGUAUAUAGUGUAACGAAAUGUUGAUCGCUGCAAAAUUGAAAAAUUCAGCGAAAUCAUAUUGAAAGUUUAAUAUACAUAACUAUUAUUUGAAAAUGACCAUAUAUGGGGCAUAACAACGCCAUAUAUAAAAGUUAGAUAUAUUUUCAGACAGUUACUUUCAUUCUACUUAUAUUUCCUUAUUUCUCUAUUUAUUAUGAGAUAUGUAGGUUAAGUUGCAAUUGGCACUGUUGUUAAACAAACAAAAACGAACAAUGUUAGUAUAAAUGUCCAAAGCAAACUUGUUUUACAAAAUAAAGGUAUUUAUAAGAAGAAAACCAUAUCGAUAUCAGAA